AUGGACAGUCACCCACCGAUACAAGACCCAAGGAGGGUUUACGACGACAAUGAAGUCAGUUCUCUUGACACACAUUGCUUGAUACUUUUCUGGACUGUUCUUCUGUCUUUCUCUCAUCCGCUCACAGGCGACCAGCAGUCACUACGGUUAAGACAGGUUCCAUCUCAAGUGUCCAAUCAGAAUUACCCCCAGUUCAAUUGGAGCUCAACCCCAGCUGAGGAGGAUGAGGAGGGCACUAGUGGUCUGUCCCAGGACCUUAAGAGCAGCCCUCUACCGAUGGCACUGAAGAGAGCCGUACGGCAGGUGAAACAAAUGCAGAUCCCUGUGGUUUCCAAGAGGGAUUCCUGGAGACAGAAGAAUGCAAAGACUCUGCGUAAACUUAAAAACAAUGCCAGAGAAUUCAUCUACAUUUUUGCCCUGUGGAACAAGUCGCUACAAAAGAUUGGAGGGAACUUCGGCGGGGGCGUCCAGUCCUAUUUCCUUCUGCUGCGAUUCUUGGUGUUGCUCAAUUUUGUUUCCUUUUUACUGAUCGCAGGUUUUGUCAUCAUCCCCAGCAUCGUCUUCAGAUCUGUUGGGGACAGUCUUGUUAACACGACUGGUCCAGAGGAAUGUAUGCAGUAUGAACCUAAUCCUCAAGGCUUGGUGGUGUUCUAUAAUUACUUCCUUGAUGUACUUUCGGGAACGGGUUUUUUGGAGUAUUCUUACCUGUUUUACGGCUACUACAACAACACAAUGGUGAACAGCAGCUUCUCCUACAACAUCCCACUGGCUUAUCUUUUCACUGCCAUCUUCUACUUCUUCUUUUGUCUCGUUUGUAUCACAGCACGCAUGGGGACUGCAGCUCGAGUUGCUGUGGCAACAGGAGGCAGCGCUGUAGGCAACUACAGCAUGAUAGUAUUCACCAGCUGGGACUAUGGUUGCCUGGGAGACCGAGCUACCAAACUGAAGCAGAAAAACAUCAACUACCAGCUACAGGUGGAUCUGGGGGAGGAGAUCAUGAAGAAGAAGAUAGCGUCUCUGACUUUAUCCAAGAGGAUAGUUUUAUACUCUCUUCGUGUUAUGAUGGGCUUUUUUUCAUUAGGUCUCAUCGGAGCAGCCUUCUACCUCAUCUUUUGGGUCACUGACUUCAGCCAGAAACAGGCUACGAGUGGACAGGACGGGAUCCUGGGUUUGGUUUAUGAGUAUUUACCUUCCAUUGUCAUCACCGCUGGAAACUUCGUGGUGCCGCUACUGUGUGACCAGAUUGCAUUAAUAGAGCGAUACUCCCCCAGCAACACCGUCAUAAUGGCACUAUUAAGGGCGGUGUUUCUUCGGCUGGUGAGUCUGGGUGUCCUCCUCUUCACCCUAUGGCGUCAGAUCACCUGCGAGGGGAAAAAAAGUCAAAGUGAAAGUUGUACACUGUGCCAUUACAACCAUGAUCUCUACCAGUGCUGGGAAACACGAGUGGGGCAGGAGAUGUACAAGCUGACACUGUUUGACCUUCUCAUCAACAUUGCUGUGCUCAUCCUGGUGGAGUUUCCACGCAGGAUGGUGGUGGACAACUGGUCCAAUAAGCUGACCCAACGGGUGGGCCGACAGGAGUUUGUAGUUUCCUCCAACGUGCUUGAGCUAGUUUAUAGUCAGACUGUGGUUUGGACUGGAGCUCUGUAUUGUCCUCUGCUGCCACUUAUCAACACCAUCAAGUUUGUCAUCUUCUUCUACUGCAAGAGGAUGACGCUUUUCUAUAAUUGUCGACCAGCGCUUAAGACUUUUCGCUCCACCACCUCCACCUUCUUUUUCCUGGUGGUGCUCCUGUUUGGUGGGGGCCUUGCCACAGUUGUCAUGGUGUAUAGUCUUGCUGAGAUCCAUCCUUCUUAUGGUUGUGGUCCUUUCCGUUUCUUCCCCAGCAUGUGGGCAAUUGUUCCAGCCUCUUUCGACGGUCUCUCUGAAACUACAAAGGAGUUUCUCUUCUUCAUUGGUUCCCAAUCAUUCUCCAUCCCUCUGUUCGUGUUAUUUUGUGUGGUGAUGUGUUAUUUCGUAGCAUUAGCCUCUGUCUAUGGGAAAACUGUCGCCCUGCUAAGAGCACAGCUUAAACUGGAGGGUCGUGACAAGCAGUUCUUGGUCAAGCAGAUUGAGGAGCUGAGUAGAAAACUACAGAUACCAGAUCACACUACAUGAGUACUGAGCAGAUAACAGGGACUGUGUUUGAUUUUUGACGUUCAAAAUAAUGUAAAAGUAUGAUGUAGUUCUUAACAAAGCAGAGAAGUGUUCUAUGAAAAAUGUUAAUAAAAAUAUUUUAGCCUAGGUACAUUUUAACAUUUUCUACCUAAUUUAAUGGUUUAAGGUAAUUACAGAAGGCCAUGCCAUAAUACAUUUAAGGUGUUAUUGUUGUAAAUAAAUACGUUUUACCACUUUGCCUGUCCAAGAAAUAGUGUUGAAUGAUUUUUUUUUCAUUUGAAGAAUAAAAUUAGGAAUUAUAGCCCC